GGAGACAUCUAUCAAUAAAAAGUCAAUCUGAGUUGUUAUUCGCUUCGUUGGUUGUCAUGCUUAUUAACGACGCAUACUCUAAAUACAUUCUUGUUAUUUUAUUGUUCUUAGAUUUUAUACAUUCUGGUAGUAACAUUGAUAUUAAGAUGGCAGAUGAAAAGACAGUUAAAGUUGAUAUAAAUAUGGGCGACAAAUCGCCCUCGAUAUCUAGACGAAAUGGUGGAACUUGCUCUUCUAAAACUAAAAUAAAAUUCGGUUUAUUUCACUUGUCAAUUAUCGCCCUGGUGGCGUUUUGGGCUGGUGUUAUUUUUGCUAGUUAUGCUAUUAAUAUACGAGGACAAAAUAAUGGAUUCCCUAUGCCACGAAGUCACGAUGCGCAGAUGAUAUAUCGAAACGAUGAUAUUCGUCACAUUAACGACACUGACGAAUAUUCUACCGGUUUUAUCACUCGUCAAGACAGCAAAGAAGACGAAAAUGAUAAUAUAGGCUCAAAGAAAUUGAUUUUACUUCAUGGAAAUAACAUUUGGACAAAGUAUGACAAAUGGCGUCGUUACGACUGGCGAAAAUGUCCACCAAAAUGGUCGAACUGCCGCAUAACAACCAACAAACACCGCUUGUCAGAAGCCGAUGCCGUUGUCUAUAACGCAGCAAAAAUGCCAACGUUAGAUCAUAUCGAUAAAGUGAAAGGUGAUAGAGUUUUGAAAAAAAUAUUUUUAUCUGGUUUAACACCCUUGAGAACAACAUUCGACCCUGUUGAAUACAACAAUUUCUUCGAUAAAACAAUAACGUAUAAGAGCGACAGUACUAUACGUAUUCCAUACUGGCCCAAUGAUGGUCUCCUGCCGGCUAUGUAUCGACCCAAACCUCCGACCAAAAAGAUUGAAGGAGAGGAAAUGUUGGAUCUUGAGGAAGAUACCAAAAACUAUUUUGAGAAGUUCGGUAAGGAGCAGUUUAUGGCUUACACUAUAAAAAAUUGUGAAGAUAAACAAUACGCGAAUUUAUUUGUUCGAAAACUUCGUGAAGAAGGUUUGAUAAACACGUUUAGCAUCAACGACACCGACGAAUGCAAGAAAAUUAUCGCAGGUACUGUUAAACUUCCAUGUACUGGACUCGACACAGAUGACUGCGUGAAACAUUUUGAAAAAUUUAAGUUUGUUAUUGUUCCUGACGAAGAUCUAUGUAUCGAUUACACGACUCCAGAUUACUGGAAAGCUAUCCAAGCUUGGCAAUCAGUGCCAUUGUUGUACGGAGCUGCAAAUUAUUCAAAAUUUCUCAUUCCCAACUCUUACAUUGAUACGGUUGGUAACGAGGAUUAUAUUUCCCCGUCGUUUAAAAAAGCUUAUGGUCCUAGUCAGGAUGCGUCAAGUUAUUACAAAACUUUCCAAUUAUGGAGAGAGGAAGACAGAAUCGAAGAAUUUUACUGGCCAUGCGAGUUAUGUCGCGAGUUGAACAAGCCUACUAAAAGUAUGAACAAAGUUGAUAUGGUUAAAUUUUGGAAUAAAGAAGAAAAUUGUGGUGAUAAACUUCAUGUACAUGAGUUGAUGCGUUUACAGUUAGUUCGGACAGGAGUUAUAUCAGGGUAAAGAAUUAUUAAAGACUUGCAUAUGUUUGACGAAGAUGAGAAAGUAGUUUUACAAAUUUUGUUUUAAAGAAAUUUCGUUUGUAAGUUUAUCUCUAUUAUAAUAGCCGUAUUC